CAUGGAGUAUUUCCGUGGGGUCCAUUAAAUGUUUUAUCACCAAACAAAAGGGGAAGGCCUGGCAGAAAUAUUGGAGACUGUCAAGACAGAGCUGAAGGAAAGGAGCUGAGCUCAGAGGACUUACUGUACCACUGGGAGCUCUGAAUUGAACAACAACAAGUACAGAUACCAGUAUGACGACACUAGCGGCAACCACCCCGCCCCCAGGUCAGGUUGCUAUCAAAAGAAGAUCAAGAGUCCCUGGGGUUAUGAUAACUCAGUUUGUGGAAGAAAUACCACAAGGAAAGAGUACCCCAGAUUUUACCCGCAAACCCUUUGCUUUGACUGUACAAGAGGGGAAAUUAGCCUUUUUCAAAUGUAUGGUAAGUGGAGUGCCUACACCACAAAUCACUUGGGCAAGGAGCCAAGGCCCACUUGAGGAUCCUGUGAAGUAUGUCAGUAGAUAUGAUAAGAUUAUGGAGGAAUACAUUAUUGAGAUACCCAAUGUAACAGCAGAACAAGCUGACACCUACAAAUGUUUUGCCACCAAUGAAUUUGGAAAAGCUGUCUGCACAGCCAAAUUGAAUGUUAUUGAGGUUGGAUUCAAGAAAAAAACAGGUUUAAAUAAGGCGGCCCCAGAAGACUACAGAAAAAUGCUUAAGAAGAAUGUUGUACGAACUAAACCACAACUAAAGAAGGAGGAAGGAAAGAUUGAUCCCAAGUUCUGGGAAGUGUUGCUGAGCUCACCUAGGAUGGACUAUGAGAAGGUCUGUAUGGAGUAUGGAGUCAAAGACUUCCGCUGGAUGCUAAAGCAGCUAAACCUAAAGAAGAAAGAGAGAGAAGAGGAGCAAGCGAAGGUUGUUGAAAAACUAGAAAAUCUGAAACAGAUUGAGGUGAAAACAGAUGGCUCAGCCGAGUUUGAACUGGACAUGGUACUCAAGGAUCCCGAAAGUCAGGUUCUCCUUUACAAGGAUGGGAUCAAUGUUGCCUACAGUGACAAUGGCAGUGGAAAGCACAACCUUAAAAAAAUUGGCCAAAAGUAUACAUUUAGCAUAAAUGACCUGAUUCCAGAUGACGCUGGAUUGUACCAGGUGGACGUUGAGGAUGCCACAUGUUUCUCAACUGAUUUUAAGAUUAUACCUGUAGAGUUCAUUGUGAAGAUUCAGGAUGUGAAGGUUAAGGAGAGAGAGGAUGCCAUCUUUGAGUGUGUCUUGUCGCAGGCAUUUCCAAAGAUUUUGUGGACCGGAAACAAUGUCCCUCUUGAACAAGGGGACAAGUUUGACAUCAAAAUAUCUGAAGACCACCUCAUUCACCGUUUGAAGGUGAAAAAUUGUGAGCAAGUCGACAGUGGAGUGUACACUGCCAUGGCUAGCAUUGCCUCCUGCAGUGCCUGUCUUGUUGUGGAAGCCAAGGAUUACCAAAACACGCUUGGGAAAAAGGACAGGAAAUCAACCAUGGUUGGUGGAGGAGGAUUGGCUACAAUAGCUGCAGAUUGGGCUACGAUAAAUGCAGAGAAGUCAGGUAAUCAGCAGGACGAGCAUGACUUGAGCGCAACCAAAUGUGCCCAAGCAGAAAAGGACAUUUCGGGUGGAGAAGUGCCAACAGCAGGAGUGACUGCAGCAGUUACAGGAGCUAGAAAGGGAGUUGGAAAUUCUUCACUCCAUCCAAUUCUUGAGGGUAAAGAACAUAUUCAGAGAACACAAACACUGAGUGAAGAUGCUGAGUCUUGCACUGAAUUCAUGAGGCAUAAGAAAAAAAACAACAUUAACAGUGGACUGUCAGAUAUCUUUGCUACCCGUGGCAAGCAAGCAGAACUGGUUUGCAAUAUAAGCCAUGAGGUUGAUGGUGCCUGGUUCAAGGAUGGAAAGAAGCUAUUCUCCAUGGAUGGGCUAACUAUUGUCAAAGACGGAACCAGUCACAAGUUGAUCAUUCAUAACUGCAGAGAUGAUGACACUGGGGGAUAUCACUUUGAAGCUGAAGGUUUUAAAUCAGAGGCAAAGAUCACUGUGGGAGAUAUAGCUAACUUUGAUGCUGACAACCUUCACAAGUUCUCUAAGCCUGUGACAGUAAAAGCAGGUCAGAAUGCAUCCUGGAAAAUGUCUUAUACACCCCAGGACAACUUGAAGGUGAAAUGGUUUAAAGAGGGCAAAGAGCUUAUGGAUGGUGGAGGGGUCAAGUUGGUGAAGGAGGCCAACCACAGCCGGCUGUUGCUCCGGGAAUGUCUGCGUUCUGAUGUUGGACAGAUUAAGAUUCAACUUACAAACCCAUACGGCACUAUUGAGGCCACAUCUCGACUCAUUGUCCUUGACAAGCCUGGCCCACCAGAAGGCCCGGUGAAAAUCUUGGAGACCACCUCCACUUUGAUUGAGCUGCAGUGGGGUGCUCCCAUGGAUGACGGAGGAAGCCCGGUGACAAACUACAUCAUUGAGCGCCAGCAGGUGGGACAGACCAUUUGGAAAGAGAUUGGGAAUGUCACAGCUGACAAAACAACCUACAAGGACAUGAAUGUGGUUCAUGGCAAGUUGUACAUCUACAAGAUAUAUGCAGUGAACCCAGAGGGGACCAGUGAUGCACUGCAGACAAAGAAAACAAUGGCUGGUGUAAUGAUAUUUGCCAAUCCACCUGGAGCACCCAAAGUGGUUGAUGUGUCCAACAAAUGCAUCAACCUGAAAUGGGAUCCACCAAAAGAUGACGGUGGAAUCACGAUUAUUGGCUAUCAACUGGAGAAACGCAAAAAGGAUACAACUCGGUGGAUUGCUUUGAACCCAGUCACGGAGCCUAUUAAAGUUCUGGAGUAUGCAGUGAAAGAUGUAGUUGAGGGGGCUGAGUAUGAAUUCAGGAUAUCUGCCAUCUGUAUUUCUGGCGCCGGAGAGUUCAGUCCUCCCUCUGUGAUGGUCUGUGUAAAGAAUCCCAACAAGAAGCCUUUUUUCAAAGUUCCCGUGGACUACAUGUUGAUCAGAGCAGGAAAUUCAGUGAGAAUGAAAGUUCUCUAUGAGGCUGAGCCCCCACCCGUGAUUACUUGGUUGAAGGAUGAUGAGCCCAUAUCCAGUUUUAUACAGAUCAUUAACACAGAAGGCUGUUCCCAGCUUGUGAUCCCCUCAUCAAAACGCACUGAUUCGGGAAUCUACACCAUUGUGGCUAAGAAUAAAAUUGGAGAGGCCAGCUUUAACAUUGAGGUUCUAGUCACAGAUGAACCAAAUGCACCUGGUGAAGUGGCGCUGGAGCAGAUUGUCCACGGCAAAGUCAUUGUGUCUUGGGAGGCCUCUCCAGACCAGAAGCUGGACAACAGGCUGCAUUACAUGGUGGCCGAGCAUAACUCUGAGACACGUAUAUGGCACACUGUGGCAGACCGCAUCUUUAGCAACUCAUUCACAGCCCAUAACAUCCUGACAGGCAGGGAGUACCACUAUAAAAUCUAUGCAAAGAAUGAUAUGGGCAUUUCAGAUCCCUCAGUGUCUCCUACUUGGGGUGCCAACAGCAACAAAAUUUCAGUGUACACAAAUGCGCCAGUGGCAGUCAGCUUUGAGAGGCCACCAUCUGUCCUGGUCCCUCUGAAGGUGCACUCAACACCAACAGGCUACCAGUUGUACAUGACCUGUGCCAUCCGGGGAUGCCCUGCUCCAACCGUCACGUGGCACCUGAAUGAUGUCUGCAUCAACGGUGACAGCAACUACUACAUCACCAACUCAUAUGGUGUGUGCUCAAUAUACAUCCUUAGAGUACAGCCCAAGGAUGCCGGAGAAUACAAAGUAGUGGCAGUUAACUCAUUUGGCAAGGCAGAGUGCUCCACUAGACUUGUUGUUAAAGACUAAAUCACAUUGAGGAAUCCUUUUCAACAUUUCCAUCUGCUUCCCUUGAUUAUUUGUACAAAAAUAUAUUUAAGUAUUAAUUGAAUAUGUUUUGACAUUUGGUACAAGCACAUUGUUAGACCUUCUGUUUUUGUUACAUUUACUAUAUUCACUGAAUCAUCUAGCAGAAUUAUUCAAUACAAUUUACAUUUGUUUGUUUAUUUCAAAAGGUUAUGAAAAAGGAAAGCAUGUAAUUUGGGGACAUACAAUAAAGCCA